ACAACUCAAAACCACUACAACAUAGAAAUAAGCUACAUUAAACCACAACAAUCAUGGCUAAGUUAAUCAUAAGCUACUUAAUUGUUCUUUCAGUCUUAGUGAUUGCUCCUCAAUGCUUUUCUCACAAAGCACAAGGUGGGUAUCUUUACCCUCAGUUCUACGACCACUCUUGCCCACAACUACACAACAUAGUCAAGUCUGUUGUUGCUCAGGCCGUUGCCAGGGAUCGUAGAAUGGCUGCUUCUUUGCUUCGACUUCAUUUCCAUGAUUGCUUUGUAAAGGGAUGUGAUGCAUCAUUAUUGCUAGACAGUAGCGGAAGCAUAGUUUCAGAGAAGGGGUCUAAGCCUAACAAGAACUCAGUUCGAGGGUUCGAGGUUAUCGAUGAGAUCAAGGCUGCAGUGGAGCAAGCAUGUCCUCACACUGUCUCUUGUGCUGAUAUCCUUGCCAUUACUGCUCGAGACUCUGUAGUUAUUGCUGGUGGACCUUACUGGGAAGUGCCCUUAGGAAGAAGGGAUUCAAGAGGAGCAAGUUUAAGUGGAUCAAACAAUGACAUUCCAGCUCCUAAUCAGACUUUUAACACUAUUCUUACUAAAUUUAAACGCCAAGGCCUCGACCUUGUUGACCUUGUCGCCCUCUCAGGUGCUCACACAAUAGGCAAUGCAAGGUGUGUAAGUUUUAGGCAAAGACUGUACAACCAGAACGGAAAUGGGCAACCUGACAUGACACUCGACAGCUUAUACGCCUCGCAGUUGCGUAGCCAGUGCCCGCCAUCUGGUGGUGACCAGAACCUGUUCUUCCUGGACUAUGUAUCCCCAUUUCAAUUCGAUAACAGCUACUACAGAAACAUAUUGGUUAACAAGGGAUUAUUAAACUCUGACCAGAUUUUGUGGACAAAGAAUCCUGCAGCAAUGCAAUUAGUUAAGCAAUAUGCUGAUAAUAUGGAGCUUUUCUUUGAUCAUUUUUCUAAGUCUGUGGUUAAGAUGGGUAAUAUUUCUCCAUUGACAGGGAACAGGGGUGAAAUUAGGCAGAACUGCAGGAGGAUUAAUUCUUACUAAGAUUGGUUAUUCUCUGUGUUUUCUUUUCUCUGUUUGGUUGCUUUAAUUUGUUGAAAAUUGAUGUAAUUUAUUUUGUGUUUUUUUGGGUUGAAAGAGGGUGUGUUUGUUGCUUGUUUAAAAAAAUUGUAUCAGUUUUUCUGGAUGAAAUAAUAAUCUAUUUUUAUUCAA